CUGUCAACUCUCUUCUAGGAUUUCUCUUUCAAUCUAUCUGUUGCAGAAGAGAAAUGGGUACAAAGAAGAAGACUCUGUUCUUCACUUUUCUGCUGCUGCUAUGCACUGCUCAUUCCUUCUACCUCCCGGGUGUAGCCCCUCGUGAUUUUCAAAGGGGUGAUCCCCUUUAUGUAAAAGUGAACAAAUUGUCAUCUACAAAGACUCAACUUCCAUAUGACUAUUACUACUUGAACUACUGUAAACCACCCAAGAUUCUGAACAAUGCUGAAAAUUUAGGGGAGGUGUUACGUGGUGACCGUAUAGAGAAUUCUGUCUACACUUUUGAAAUGAGGGAGGAUCAGCCUUGCAAAGUAGCCUGUCGAAAAAAACUUGAUGCCAAAUCUGCAAAGAAUUUCAAGGAAAAAAUUGAUGAUGAAUAUCGAGUUAAUAUGAUUCUCGACAACCUUCCGGUUGCAGUACUUAGACAAAGGAGAGAUGGGAGUCAGUCAACAACAUAUGAACAUGGUUUCCGUGUUGGGUUCAAAGGGAAUUAUGCUGGGAGCAAGGAGGAGAAGUAUUUUAUCAACAAUCACUUGAGCUUCAGGGUUAUGUUUCACAGGGAUACUGAGACCGAUGCUGCUCGAAUUGUUGGAUUUGAGGUUACUCCAAACAGUAUUAAUCAUGAAUACAAGGAAUGGGAUGAGAAGAAUCCCCAGGUAACAACAUGCAAUAAGGACACCAAAAAUCUAUUUCAAGGUAGCACUGUUCCGCAAGAAGUUGACGUAGGCAAGGAAGUUGUUUUUACAUAUGAUGUAACUUUCAAGGAGAGUGAUAUCAAAUGGGCUUCUCGUUGGGACACAUACCUUCUGAUGAAUGAUGAUCAGAUCCACUGGUUUUCCAUCAUAAACUCGUUGAUGAUUGUUCUCUUCUUAUCUGGCAUGGUGGCCAUGAUCAUGAUGAGAACAUUGUACAAAGAUAUUGCAAACUAUAAUCAGUUGGAAACCCAAGAUGAGGCUCAGGAAGAAACGGGAUGGAAACUUGUCCAUGGGGAUGUCUUUAGGCCUCCAAUCAAUUACGGUUUACUCUGUGUUUACGUUGGCACAGGUGUCCAGAUUUUUGCAAUGUCUCUCGUGACAAUGAUAUUUGCGUUGCUGGGCUUUUUAUCUCCUUCUAAUCGUGGAGGGCUCAUGACUGCUAUGGUUCUCUUGUGGGUUUUCAUGGGAAUAUUUGCCGGUUACUCUUCGGCUCGUCUAUACAAAAUGUUCAAGGGCACAGAGUGGAAGAGAAUUACUUUGAAAACAGCAUUUAUGUUUCCGGGUAUCCUGUUUGCCAUAUUCUUUGUGCUGAAUGCACUAAUUUGGGGAGAGCAAUCUUCUGGUGCAGUGCCAUUUGGUACAAUGUUUGCUCUUGUUUGCUUAUGGUUCGGUAUAUCAGUUCCCUUGGUCUUUGUCGGCAGUUACUUAGGUUUCAAAAAGCCAGCCAUUGAAGACCCUGUGAAGACCAACAAAAUUCCGAGGCAGAUAGCCGAGCAGGCAUGGUAUAUGAAACCAGUCUUCUCAAUACUCAUCGGAGGCAUUCUUCCGUUUGGGGCUGUUUUUAUUGAGCUCUUCUUCAUCUUGACAUCGAUAUGGCUAAACCAGUUCUAUUACAUCUUCGGCUUCCUUUUCAUAGUGUUCGUUAUUCUAAUAAUCACUUGUGCUGAGAUAACAAUCGUGCUUUGCUACUUCCAGUUGUGCAGUGAAGACUAUCGUUGGUGGUGGAGAUCUUACUUGACUGCUGGUUCCUCUGCUCUUUACCUUUUCCUUUACUCGGUUUUCUACUUCUUUACCAAAUUGGAGAUCACUAAGCUGGUUUCAGGCAUCCUUUACUUCGGAUACAUGGUAAUUGUUUCAUAUGCUUUCUUUGUCCUGACUGGGACAAUCGGCUUCUAUGCUUGCUUCUGGUUUGUUCGCAAGAUAUAUUCUUCCGUGAAAAUCGACUGAGAUUGAGAAUGUAGAAAGAGGAUCAGACAUCAGACCUAUAAGAAUACACGAAGGACAAGACGAAAUCAUGGUGUAGAAUAUUUCUGGACGAAGAUACGGUACGGAAUUUUUUAUUUCGUAUCGUCUCUACUCUAAACAUUCUUUACUUUGCUCAAUUAUGAUGUAGGCUUGGCCUGCUAUUUUAUGUACGCUAUUCAAGGACUGUACUCUUUAAGUAGUUUCUCGUAGGAGUAAAAUCUACGAUCCAGUCUUAUAUUGGUCCUUUGAUAUCGACUUGCAACAAAACAUCAAGGACUGGAUUCGUUAAUGCUUAGCGAUCGGCCUGAGUGU